UCUUGAUGGAAGGACAGAGACGUGUUGAUGAUGAGCUGUUUUGACUGGUGAGGGCAGGAGAUCACGGUGGUGACGUCACAGCGCAGCAGGGGAGUCCCAGCUGUGGCAUCAGACCUCAGAAUGAAUAAAUAAACGAAGAUCUGCAAGAAAUUAAUAAAACAGCACGUUCUCUCUGUCGCUGUUGUGACGUCACUGAUGUUUGGUCUCUUUAACUCGCCUGUUGUUGGUGAUGAUGUAGCUCCGCCCCUCCCACCGGGCGGGGCUCCCUGCUGCAGCACAGCAUCCACAACAGCAUCCUGUACCGGACCACAGACCAGCACCAGACCAGGACCGGUACAGGACUACAGGACUGACUCCGAGGCAGAGAAGGACUGAGACACACCCGCUUCCUACGAGCCCAGCGGACAGAGAUCAGGAUGUUUGGAGGCGUGUCUGGGCGGAUCCAGAAGGACCGGCAGAGGGCUGGAGGUCUGGGUUCAUUCCAGCAGGCUGUCCGCUACCUGAACCAGGAUUUCCAGGUCCUACAGGAGGACUGUUUGCAGAAUGGAUGUCUGUUCCAGGACCCAAUGUUCCCCGCAGAACCGGCUGCACUGGGCUUCAAGGAACUUGGUCCCUUCACCGCCAAGACCAGAGGGGUGGAGUGGAAGAGACCAACGGAGCUGACAGAAGACCCUCAGUUCAUCGUGGGCGGAGCCACCAGGACAGACAUCUGUCAGGGAGUUCUGGGAGACUGCUGGCUGCUCGCUGCUAUUGGCUCUCUGACUCUGAACGAGCGGCUGCUGCAUCGUGUCGUUCCUCACGGUCAGAGCUUCAACCACCAAUACACUGGCAUCUUCCACUUCCAGUUCUGGCAGUUCGGGGAGUGGGUGGACGUGGUGAUCGACGACCGUCUGCCUGUCAAAGAUGGAGAGCUGAUGUUCGUCCACUCAGCUGAAGGCAGCGAGUUCUGGAGCGCUCUGCUGGAGAAGGCCUACGCCAAGCUGAACGGGUCGUACGAGGCGCUGUCCGGCGGCAGCACCACCGAGGGGUUUGAGGACUUCACGGGCGGCGUGGCGGAGAUGUACGAGCUGAAGAAGGCGCCCAGAGAUCUUCAUCGCAUCAUCACUAAAGCUCUGGACAGAGGCUCGCUGCUGGGCUGCUCCAUCGAUAUCACCAGCGCCUUCGACAUGGAGGCGGUGACCUUCAAAAAGCUUGUUAAAGGCCACGCCUACUCCGUGACGGCGCUCAGACAGGUUGAGUACCGCGGCCGACAGGAGCGUCUGAUCCGGAUCAGGAACCCCUGGGGUCAGGUGGAGUGGACCGGGGCCUGGAGCGACAGCUCCUCAGAGUGGAACUCCAUCGACUCUGCAGAGAAAGACGAGCUGCUCUGUAAGAUGGAGGACGGAGAGUUCUGGAUGUCGUUCCAGGACUUCCUGCGUCAGUUCUCUAGACUGGAGAUCUGUAAUCUGACCCCGGACGCUCUGAGUCAGGACUCCAGCAGCUUCUGGACCACAGUGACAUUUGAAGGCGGGUGGAGGAGGGGCAGCACGGCGGGGGGCUGCAGGAACCACCCCAACACAUUCUGGAUCAACCCUCAGUAUAAGAUCUCUUUGCUGGAGGAGGACGACGACCCCGAGGACGACGAGGCCGCCUGCAGCUUCCUGGUGGCUCUGAUGCAGAAAGACCGCCGCCGCUACCGCCGCCAUGGACAGGACAUGCACACCAUCGGCUUCGCCAUCUACGAGAUUCCUGAGGAGUACCGAGGCUGUCCCAGUGUCCACAUGAAGAAGGAUUUCUUCCUGCGUCACUCCUCCUGCGCUCGCUCCGAGACCUUCAUCAACCUGCGAGAGGUGAGCGCUAGGCUCCGCCUCCCGCCAGGCGAGUACCUGGUCGUCCCGUCGACCUUCGAGCCUUCGAAGGAGGCCGACUUCGUCCUGAGGGUGUUCACCGAGAAACAGUCGGAGACUGAGGAGAUGGACGACGAUGUGGAGGUGAACUUUGGAGAAGAGGAGGAAAUCUCAGAGAGUGACAUCGAUGAUUCCUUCAGGUCCAUGUUUGCUCAGCUGUCUGGAGAUGACAUGGAGGUCUCAGUGCGAGAGCUCAGGACAAUCCUGAACCGGGUCGUGUCCAAACACAGAGACCUACAGACUGACGGGUUCAGUAUGGAGUCCUGCAGAGCCAUGGUCGGCCUCAUGGACAAAGACGGCAGUGCUCGGCUCGGUCUGCUGGAGUUUCAGAUUCUCUGGAACAAAAUCAGGAAGUGGCUGGGGAUCUUCAGGGAGUUUGACCUGGAUAAGUCCGGGUGUAUGAGCUCCUAUGAGAUGCGUCUGGCUCUGGAAAAUGGCGGCUUCAAACUCAACAACAAGCUCUACCAGAUGCUGGUCGCUAGAUACGCCGACAACGAGAUCAUUGACUUCGACAACUUCACCUGCUGCCUGGUCAAACUGGAGGCCAUGUUCAAGGCGUUCCAGGAGCUGGACAGAGACGGGACAGGAACCGUGGAGAUGAACAUCACCGAGUGGCUCUACAUGACCAUGUGUGGAUGAAGAACUUCCUGCUGCUGAACUUCAAGUGCCUCCAACAGGAAGAUCAACACAACAGCUGAUUACCAACCUGAGCAUGAACACACCACUGCAGCUCCACCACACUGCUGCACAGCACUGCAGUUCUACAGUACUACCACAUUACUGCAGUACUACUGCAGUACUACUACAGCACUGUAGCGCAGCAGUGCUGUGCUGCUCUGUGCUCAACAACAUCACAGUCUUCCAGUCAGUUGCUGGUUGUUGAGGAUCACUGCUGCUGAGCACAAACACAUGACAUAAAGAUGAUCAAAAUAAUCUGAGUGAAGUCAUCAUAAACUUUUUGAACUAGAUUUUUGCCUAAUCUAAAGUAAUCUAGAAUCUGGUCAGUUCAUGUUUUUACAAUUAAAGCUUUAAUUAACUUCCUGUCUCCUGCUGCCACAGGCCUGUUGGUUCCUGUGUUCUGUUGGUUCUCGUGUGUCCUGUUGAUUCCUGUGUUCUGUUGGUACCUGUGUUCUGUUGGUUCCUGUGUUCUGUUGGUUCUCGUGUGUCCUGUUGGUUCUCGUGUGUCCUGUUGGUUCUCGUGUGUCCUGUUGGUUCCUGUGUUCUGUUGGUUCUCGUGUGUCCUGUUGGUUCCUGUGUCCUGUUGGUUCUCGUGUGUCCUGUUGGUUCCUGUGUUCUGUUGGUUCCUGUUUCCUGUUGGUUCUGGCAGCAGUGAUCCUCCACACACUGAGCUCAGACACAGUGUGGUUUACUGCAGUAGUACUACAUAUUCACAGUACUACAUUACUACUAAAGUACUACAGCAUCACAGUACUGAAGCCUAAACACUGUAAACUCUGCUGCUGUAUUUACUCACUGUCUCAGCUAGAGGGCGCUAAAACUCAGACAUUAUGUCCUCCGCAUUUAUUUAUUAAUGAGACUGAACCUCUCUCACAUCUCCACUGCUGGAUCCUGAUUCUCUCACCUCCACCUGCAGGGGCGAGGGAUGUCCGCCUGUGAGUCAGAGCUCUGGGUUAACUUUCUCUAAAGUACACUGGAGGCCUCAUGAGGUGUAGGCAGGUGAUGGAGGCGUUCAGGUUCAGCUUGGUCAAACAAACACUGAUGUAGCAGCUUCAUGUUUUAACUUAAUAAAGAAACAGAUAAAGAUUUUGUCUCUGUGUCUGAUUUACACUGAACUCAACACCAACAUCAUGUGCCCACACACCUGUUCACAGUUUCUGCCAGGUCAGGUGAUGUUAAGAGUAAAGCUCAGAGGAAACAUUUGGUCAUACAUGCAUCAAAAGUUUGAGAAUAACAUCAUCUUCUUAUUUUAAUAAAUAAGAUUAAUAUUAGGUUUGUAUGACCACAGGAUACGGAGGCACAAAGACUUCAAAAUUAAAUCAAUAUCUAAAUAACUGAUCACAUGGAUAAAAUAUGACUGAAAUUUGUUUAAUUAUUUUCAUAUUUUUAUUUCCCACUGACUUUUAUUUCCAUCAUGUGACUUCACACAGAACAUUUUAUUGUUUCCAGGCAGAAAUGAACUUGUGUUCAAGUGACGCUGGUCAUGAAC